UCUGACUUCCAGCUGCACGGUCCUUCAGAGAUAUCCCGCAUUUCACAGGUAUUCUAGCAACGUUCAAUCAGCUGCGGCGAACAUGAACGGAAUAUGCAGAUCAGGUUACUCGCGCAAUUUUACCAAGGCCUUCUACUAGAAGACUAAGCUCUCCUUUGGGAGCACACUCGGUCAAACCUUGAAGUUCCAAAUCGAGUACGACUGCUCUUGAUAGUAGAGGUAGAAGUCGAUACAUUCUCGCGAAGAUGGCGCUUACGCCGCCAGUUGAGUCGUCAGACGCCGGCCAGCCGCAGUCGGCUUUCGAAACGGCCGACUCCAAUGGCUCUGAAAUCGACGAGCCGCAGCUGAUUCUGCGGAAAAUGGCGCUGAUGAAUCUCGUGGCGGCGGACGGAUACCACUGGCUGAAAUACGGAGAGAAAGUACUUUCAAAAAUCGGCGACCCAGUUUCAGUGAGAAGGUAAAUCGACGAGUGUGGGAAACUAAGCGAGUCUAGGAUUCCUGCGCUAAUAAUUGUCAAACGGGCCCCUUGGUAGUAGCAGAAUUAGAUCCGUUUGACGAUUCCGCGAGUCCGCAGACCACGGCCGAUCCUUCGCGAAUCGCGAUCAGUCUGAUGGUUCGUGCACCCAUUGCGCGGGUUACCACGUUAUGUACGAAACGAUUGUCGCCUCAGUCCUGGAAAUUCCAGGCUACCGAAUGUUCACGAGCCCCGCUGCGGCUCGCCUACUUUUGCUUGAAGCCAUUCAACCAGCCUCGCGCGAGCAAAACGUGAUCUAACAACAUUAUGAGGGCCUCCAAACAGGACAUUUUACCUGAAUACUGUUCUCAUAGUACACCACUAUCAAUAUAUAUACACUUUGAUGAUAUCCGAUAUUGCAAUAGCGACGCACUGUUCUCUCCACCUCUUCCCCCCCAACAGGGCAUACUACAAGUGUGGAGAGGCCAGUGGGGAGAAAGGGAGAGCCGGCUUCCGGUGCCCAGCACGUAAGGUGGUGGACGUGGACCCUUCUCUACCAUUCGACGCCGCUUUGGCUCGGGUCACCUACAGCCACUCGCACAACCACCCGCCGCCAUCCUCACUCACCGGCCGGCUCCGGCUAAGAGCAGGGGUGCUCGCCGAGCCUCAUGCCGCCGAGCCUGAUGGUUCCAAGCCUCCUGGUGCCGAACCUGCUGGUGGUGGUACGGAGGAGGAGAUGGGAAUAGAGGAGGUAGGGGAAGCUGGCCACAGUGGUUCUGCCUCUGGUGCUUCGGCCGGCGUUAGUGCUGCUGUGGGUGUUGGUACUGCGGCCGACAGUAGAGGUACUGCUGGUGUUGGUGCUGCUGCUGGCAGUGGCGCUUUUGAGCUGCGUCAGAGGACACAAGGGGCUUUGAGCCUUCAGCAGCAGUUGCAACAGCUGCAGGAGAAGCAGAAGCAGCAGCACCAGCAGCAUCAGCAUCAGCACGAGCAGCAGAUGCAGCCGCCGCAGCAGCUGCAGCUGAAACAGCAACAGCAGCAACAUCAACACCACCACCAGCAGCACCAGCAGCAGCACCAGCAGCAACACCAGCAGCAGCAGCAGCACCACCACCACCACCAACAGCAACAGCAGCAGCAAACGCAGCAGCAACAGCAGAAGCAGCAGCUUCUCUCUCUUCUACUGGCGUCCCUCCAACAGGGAAAGAACUCAGCUUCUGGUACACCGCCCAGCGCUGCUGCUGCUGCUGCCGCUGCUGCUGGUGGUGCUGGUGCUGCUGCUGCUGCUGCACCCCUCACUGCUGCUGCCGCACCCCUCACAGCCGCACCACCCAGAGCUGAUGCGACACCCCCCGCACCUGUCGCGACCUCGGCUGCUGCAGCCGCAGCUACAGCCGGCGCCACUUUCACUCUGACUGCUACAAACGCUAUCACCACUGACGUCCAUGGCGGCAGCAGCAGCAGCAGCAGCAGCAGCGCCAGCGCCAAUGCCUCUCAACCCUCUAGCUCUCCAGUGGCCCCGCCUGCAUGGGUGCUCUCGCUGCUUCAGGCCUCCUCUGCUACAGCUGCUGCUGCUGGUGCUGCUGCUGCUGCUGCUGGUGCUGCUGGUUCUUCUGGUGCUGGUGCUUCUGCUGCUGCUGCUGCUGCUGCUGCUGCUGGUGCUGUUGCUGCUGAUGGCGCUGGCACUGCUUCUGCUGCUGGUUUUACAUCUCUUACGGUGCCUCAUGCUGCGCCAUUUGCAGAAACAAACGACCUACACACAGCAAAGCUCCCUCCCUCCACAGUCACACCCAAUACAAUCGCAUCGCCAAGUGUCACACCCUCUACUGUCCCCCCGUGGACUAUCACACCAUCGAUGGCAGCGGCGCUGCUGCUGAAAAUGUCCCAAGCUAACGGCCAAUCAUGCGAUCCGCUGAUGUCACUCGUGCCGCCCGCUUUCUGGACCCCCAUGGCAGAUUAUCUCGCAGCUGCUGGGAAGCUUCCAAAAUGCGUCGGCCCGCUGGGUUUGGCUGUUGGCCACGUGGCAGCCAUGUCAGCAGGCUUAUCCGCCAUGUCAGAGAGCGGGACAGGGAGAGGAGCAGCAGGAGCAGCAGGAGCAGCAGGAGCAGCAGGAGCAGAAGGAGCAGGAAGGGGCGAUGCUACAUUUACAGCAGCAGCAGCAGCGGCCCACCCAGCAGCCACAGGAGCAGCAGCACCAUUAGCAGCAGCAGUGUUGCCAGCAGUGAUAGCAGCGGCUAAGUCCCUGGUAGCUGAAGCAGAGGCAGCAGCAGCAGGGCUCGUUGCAGAAGCACUCAGAGCGUUAGAGAAGGGACAAGCUGCCUCUGCCCCUCCCCCUGCUGCUGCUAAUGCUGCUUCUAGUGGGCCUUCUGCUUCUGCACCUAGUGCAACGCAGCAAGCAGCAUGGCAGCCCAUACUCGCAGCACAUGUGGCACCACAGCAGCCCUCACAGGCGGCUGACGUGGCAAUGGCAGAAACGGCAGACGCUACUGCGAGCUUGGACACCCACAUAAGUCCUGCGGGCUUGGACGCUACUGCAGGUUCCAAAAUGAGUUGCGGGCAGCAAGCAGGGGGGAGGAGACGGAGCAUGAGCCAACUGGACAUCCCCACGCGCAGCAGCAGCAACCCCUUUGCGACGCACAGCACCACUCAUGCCUCGCCAUCUCGGGUCCUUGUGGAUUCUCGAAGCAGUCAUCGCUGCGUGCCGUCCUCCUCCCCUCUCUCCUCGCGGGGGAGGCUGCCUGACGGGUCCCCUGGGACCCGUCCCAUGCACCAAACGGGCUUCAGCAGCCAAUACCAGCAGCAACAGCACCACCACCACCAAUAUCACCAGCAGCAGCAUCAGCAGCAGCAACAGCAGCAUCGCCAGGGUUCGUCCUCCUUCCGCCCUGUGUCUCCCCUCCCUCCAAGACCCGUCUCCCCCCUCGCCAGCCCACCUCUCUCCUUGUCACUCUCCCUCCUCCCCUCACCACCCUCCAAGGCGAGGAGGGGCGACACCGAAUCUUCCUCCUCCCCAUCUCCCAUAGGCUCUCACACACACUCAACCACUCCUACACACUCUGCCACCCCUACAGUGUCAAAUACACCUACACAGACAGCCACCCCCACACAGUCAACAACCCCUACCCAGUCGACUACACCUACGCAGACUACCCUUGCUCAUACCACCCCGACCACUCCUACAGGUGUUGGUUCAACUCUGGGUAUAAGCCUAUCGCUGUCACCAGACGCAGCAGCAGCAGCAGCAGCAGCAGCGGGAGGGGGAGCAGGAGGAGGAGGGGGAGCAGGAGGAGGAGGGGGAGGAGGAGGAGGAGGGGGAGCAGGAGGGGGAGCAGGAGGGGGAGCAGGAGGGGGAGCAGGAGGAGGAGCAGGAGGAGGAGGGGGUACAUUGGCAGUAGCAGCUGGUGCAAGCGGAGCGUCGGCAGCAUCAGGGGAUGCCAAAACCGCAGGGGCAAGCAACAACAACAGCAGUGCAAGGGCCCUCGAACGAACCCUCUCUUUGGGCGAUGGAACAACUGCUUUCAGCCGCCUGGCUCUCAGUGGAAACGACUCAGCGAGGCGAAAGAGCAUCAUCCCACGCAACUCCUCCUCCUCCUCCCUCUCCACUCACUUCCUCUCCUCAAACUCUCACCAACCGAAUAACAUUUUCACCCAGUCUCUUCCCAACCACUUUCUUCGACGCAGUGCAGGUUCGCCUGCUAAGAAGCGGAAGAGCGUGGAUGGGAGUGCCAUGGAUUCUAUGGAUUGCUUUCGGAUGCCUGGAAAUGCGACUGAGGCUGGAAUGGAGUGCUCUUUUUUGGGCAUGUCCCUAGCGAGCUUCUGUGGCGGUGAUUUGAAUUCUUCCGCAGUUUCUGCACAAUGUUUGCAGCAUGACGAAAGGCGUAAGGGGCAUGUGAAAGAAGAAGAGUGCACAGUGCAUGCUCCCAUGGAAGGUAUAGAUUUGGCACUUAGUUUAGGAUAAAUGAAAUAUUUUCCGUUCCCUCUGGCUUUUGACAUGAAUAAUGCGAGGCACUUAUA